UUAUCUAGUAAAUGUUUAUUGAGUAUUGAUUAUUAAUAAGGUGCUAUUUCUGUGGUGGUACAAGCCUUUAAUCCCAGGACAGCAGGCAGAGGCCGGCAGAUCUCUGUGAGUCUGAAGCCAGACUGGUCCAGUAGCUGGAGUUAUGUAGAGACCCCAUCUCAAACACACACACACACACACACACACACACACACACACACACACACACGUACACAUUCCAACAAACAAAAAGGUGCUAGUCUAGGCACAAGUACAGAAGAGAACAAAAUGACAAGGUCUCUAAGGUAACAGACAUUAAAGUUCACACUAAUUUUACUGUGAAUUAAAUCAGUAGAAUUUCAGUAGGGAGAGUCUCUUUAAGGUGCCUCUGAAGCUGAAACCCAACGGGAGUUUCCUGCAGAGGAACUGCGGGUCAAAAGUCAACAGAUGGAAAAGACUUGAGGCAGUUUGAGGAAUAGAAAGGAGACAUGGUGGCUGGAGCCAGGAGCAUAGUGGUAUAUACAUUGCCACUAUAAUGUCUGUAUAUGCAGGACUCCAAAGACCCCUUUAGCUUACUUAGGUUUGUGGUUAAGAAAGCAAUAGGGCUGUCAAAAUGGCUCAUCAGGUAAGGGUACUUACUAUCAAGCCUGACUACCUGAGUAUGAUCCCCAGAGAACUCUCCCAAGUUCUCUGUCCACGUGUAUGUUGUAGAACACAUGCAUCCACAAAUGUACACACAUACUAAAUAAAUGUAGCAUCUCUGAGGAAUUCCUUUAAAAAAACAAGCAAAAACCGGCUCUUUCUCAGCAGCCAUCAAUUUCUAGUAACUCCUCAAUUAGGCGUUGGGAUACUCCAUGAGCCUUCCCACAAUACACGCGUGCUGGGAUUUUGGCUGACUUGACCUUGUGCAUGCAGUCACAGGUGAGCUCCUGUGUGUGACAGCGCUGUUCUGUCUGGCAAAUACUGUUUCAGUGCAGACCUCCACUACCUCCGGAUCUUAAAAUCUUUUCACUGCUCCUCUUCUGCAAUCAUUUCUGCUUCAAAGACAGCUGGUCCAUUCAUUUUAUUAUUUUAUGCACAUUGGCGUUUUGCCUCUAUACAUGUCUGUAUGAGGGCUUCGGAUACCCUGGAGCUGGAGUUACAGAUGGUUGUGAGCUGCCAUGUGGGUAGUCAUUUCUCCAGCCCCUAGCUGUCCCAUGUAGUGUUUUGCACUCUACGAUCUCUUUUCUUCUCUCCUAGAAACUUCAAUUUUUUUUUUAAAGAUUAAUUUUAUUCUGGGGGCAGGGAGCGUGCUACAGAGCUCGUGUGUGGAGGUCAGGACAGCUUGCUGGAAUCGAUUCACCUUAUACCAUGUGGGUUCCAGCGACCGAGCUCAGGUUGGCGGCGAGCGCCUUUUAUCCGCUGAGUCAUCUCGCCAGCGCGCUCUUUUUAAACUUACUUCUUGAGACAGGGUCUCUCUGUAUGCAACUGGGCUAGGAACUCGCUGCAGGCUGCCUCGACUUCUGAAGAGCUAGGAGGAUAAGCCUGCGCCAGAAAGCCCGGUUUCUCUACAUCUUUGACAAUACAAAUUUUCCUCAAGGACUUAAGCCCAGGAGAAGCCAUGCCACCCAGUGCUAAUUCCGGUAACUUCCCGGAGAAAAGACAAUUUUUCGCGAGACUUGGUGGGUUGGUCGCAGGUCCGCGGCUUGGCAGCAGCUAUCGCGAGAUUUGAUAGGUGGAGGAGGAGCCAUCUCAGGCAGCCGCCUCACAGCGAUGGCGGCCGAGCAGGGCCGGCGGCAGUGGCGGCUGCGGGUACAGCUGGAGACGGCAGUGGAGGCGCCAGUGGUGGGUGGCGGGGGCCUGUGACCAGGAGGUGCCCCCGGGCCCAGGCACCAUGAGCCAAGGCCCUCCUCCAGUGGAGAGCAGCGAACCUGAAGCAAAGGUCCUCCACACCAAGCGGCUUUACCGGGCUGUGGUGGAGGCUGUGCAUCGGCUAGACCUCAUCCUUUGCAACAAAACUGCUUAUCAGGAAGUGUUUAAACCAGAGAACGUUAGCCUGAGGAACAAGCUGCGUGAGCUCUGUGUGAAGCUUAUGUUCUUGCACCCAGUAGACUAUGGGAGGAAGGCUGAGGAACUGCUGUGGAGAAAGGUAUACUAUGAAGUCAUCCAACUCAUCAAGACUAACAAAAAGCACAUCCACAGUCGGAGCACCUUGGAAUGUGCCUACAGGACUCAUCUGGUCGCCGGCAUUGGCUUCUACCAGCAUCUCCUUCUCUAUAUCCAAUCCCACUACCAGCUGGAACUACAGUGCUGCAUUGACUGGACUCAUGUCACCGAUCCCCUCAUAGGAUGUAAGAAGCCAGUAUCUGCUUCAGGAAAGGAGAUGGAUUGGGCACAGAUGGCAUGCCACCGAUGUCUGGUGUACCUGGGGGAUCUGUCACGCUACCAGAAUGAACUGGCUGGUGUGGACACUGAACUGCUAGCUGAGAGAUUCUACUAUCAAGCCUUGUCAGUCGCGCCCCAGAUUGGAAUGCCCUUCAACCAGCUGGGCACUCUUGCAGGCAGCAAGUAUUACAACGUGGAAGCCAUGUACUGUUACUUGCGCUGCAUCCAGUCGGAAGUGUCCUUUGAGGGAGCCUAUGGGAACCUCAAGAGACUCUAUGACAAGGCAGCAAAAAUGUACCACCAGUUGAAGAAGUCUGAGACCAGGAAGCUCUCCCCUAGCAAAAAGCGAUGCAAAGACAUUAAGAGGUUGUUGGUGAACUUCAUGUACCUACAAAGCCUGUUACAGCCCAAAAGUAGCUCUGUGGACUCAGAACUGACCUCACUUUGCCAGUCAGUCCUAGAGGAUUUCAACCUCUGCCUCUUCUACCUGCCCUCCUCACCCAGCCUUGGUCUGACAAACGAGGAGGAGGAGGAGUGUGAGAGUGGAUAUGCUUUCCUGCCCGACCUGCUCAUCUUUCAGAUGGCCAUCAUCUGCCUUAUGGGUGUGCACAGUUUAAAAAGAGCAGGAUCCAAGCAGUAUAGUGCAGCCAUUGCUUUCACCCUGGCCCUCUUCUCCCACCUUAUUAAUCAUGUCAACAUACGACUGCAGGCAGAGCUGGAAGAGGGCGAGAACCCUGUCUCAGCUUUUCAGAGUGAUGGCACAGAUGAACCAGAGUCAAAAGAAGCACUAGAAAAAGAGGAGCCAGAGCCAGAGCCUCCCACUGUGGUGCCCCAAGCCGAUGAGGGUAGAAAGAGUCGUAAGCACUCCCGACUCUCUUGUCUUCGUCGCCGCCGCCGCCACCACCCUCCUAAGGCUGGUGAUGACAGUGACCUGAGUGAGGGUUUUGAGUCAGACUCUAGCCAUGACUCUGCCCAGGCCAGUGAUGGAUCAGACAGUGGCUCUGACAAGAGCCUGGAAGGCAGGGGCACUGCUUUUGAUGCAGAAACAGACUCAGAAAUGAACAGCCAGGAGUCCCGGUCAGACCUGGAAGAUAUAGAGGAUGAAGAGGGGACACGGUCUCCAGCCCAGGAGCCCCCUCAGACCAGAUCAGAGGUUCCAGAUUCCCUCAAUGGCCCCUUGGGCCCUAGUGAGGCAAGCAUUGCCAGCAAUUUACAAGCCAUGUCCACCCAGAUGUUCCAGACCAAGCGCUGCUUCCGACUGGCUCCCACUUUCAGCAACCUGCUCCUGCAGCCCACCACAGAACCUAACAAUGUGGCCAGUCAUAGGCCUUGUGUCAACGGGGAUAUGGAGAAACCUUUAGAACCAGCCUCUGAGGAUGGCUCUGAGUCAGAGGGGAGCGAGUCCAGCAGCCGUUCUUGUCGCAACGAGCGCAGCCUUCAGGAGAAGCUGCAGGCCCUGAUGGCUGAGGGCCUCCUUCCUGCUGUGAAGGUCUUCCUGGACUGGCUUCGAACCAACCCUGACCUCAUCAUUGUGUGUGCGCAGAGCUCUCAAAGUUUGUGGAACCGCCUGUCUGUGUUGCUGAAUCUGUUGCCAGCAUCUGGUGAGCUCCAGGAUUCUGGCCUGGCUCUGUGUUCUGAAGUCCAAGGUCUCCUUGAAGGCUGCGAGCUGCCUGACCUCCCUGCUAGCCUGCUGCUCCCAGAGGACAUGGCACUGCGUAACCUACCUCCUCUCCGGGCUGCUCAUAGACGCUUUAACUUCGAUGCAGAUCGGCCCCUGCUCAGUGCUUUAGAGGAGUCGGUGGUGCGCAUCUGCUAUAUCCGCAGCUUCGGGCAUUUUGUUGCUCGCUUACAAGGCAGCAUCCUGCAGUUCAAUCCAGAGGUUGGCAUCUUCGUCAGCAUUGCUCAGUCUGAGCAGGAGAGCCUGCUGCAGCAGGCUCAGGCACAGUUCCGUAUGGCAGAGGAGGAAGCUCGGCGGAACAGGCUCAUGAGAGACAUGGCUCAGCUACGAUUACAGCUCGAGGUCUCCCAACUGGAAGGGAGCCUGCAGCAGCCCAAAGCCCAGUCAGCCAUGUCUCCCUACCUCAUCCCUGACACCCAGGCCCUCUGCUACCACCUCCCUGUCAUCCGUCAGCUCGCCACCAGCGGCCGCUUCAUCAUCAUCAUUCCAAGGACAGUGAUUGAUGGUCUGGAUUUGCUGAAGAAAGAACAGCCAGGGGCCCGGGACGGGAUCCGGUACCUGGAGGCAGAGUUUAAAAAGGGAAACAGAUACAUUCGCUGCCAGAAGGAGGUGGGAAAGAGCUUUGAGCGGCAUAAGCUGAAGCGGCAGGAUGCAGAUGCCUGGACUCUCUAUAAGAUCCUGGACAGCUGCAGACAGCUAACCCUAGCCCAGGGGGCAGGGGAGGAGGACCCAAGUGGCAUGGUGACCAUUAUCACAGGCCUUCAUUUGGACAACCCCAGUGCACUCUCUGGGCCCAUGCAGGCUGCCCUACAAGCUGCUGCCCAUGCCAGUGUGGACGUCAAGAAUGUUCUAGACUUCUACAGGCAGUGGAAGGAGAUUGGUUGAGACUGUCCCCUAGGCCCUGCUGUGGGGCUGACUCCAGAUUUCUCCUGUUCUCCCUGGCGACCAGGACUACCACCUGUAGUCACCCCACCACAUGCAGACUCACUCGGGCAAACAGGAAGGAAGGCCGGCUGCACUGAGGCUGCAGGGAGGGCCCAGGAGCCAGUGGGGAGGAUGGGGGCCCUGUUGCCAAGGAGAGAUCAGGAAAGUGAGGGAAGUGCUUGGAGUAGGAGUGGCAGUGGAUCCUGGCCAGCCUUCCACCUUAGCCCCUGCAGUCCCCAGGGGCAGGGGCAGGGGCAGGGGCAGGGGCAGGGGCAGGCUCAGGCAUGGGUGUCUGUAUUUCAUUGGAGCAGUCCUGGACUUCUGAGAGGAAAGGAUGACAGGAGGGUGGUGUCCUCACCCAACAUACAGAGUGGGUGGAGCUGGGAGUUUGGACCCUAGCUCUCAGGGAAGAGUUGGGAGAUACUGAGUGUCUGCAUGGUUCUCUGCAGACCCCACCCAUCCUCAAGGACCCCCUCUUCCUUGUCUCCCAUGAGGAACAGGGCAGCUCUGGAGCCAGCUGUGGGGGCUCUUAGGGAAGCAGGGCCUGCACUCUCGGAGGCCCUACUUCCUCUCUGCUGCUGCUGGACUUCCAGGCCCACUUAGGGUGUGGGCGGGCGGGCUGGCUGGCUGUGUGCCAGCAGCCAUCCCUUCCUCAUCAGCUCAGUCAUUGUGCUCUGUACUCUUGGCUGCUGUGCUGGGAUAAGGGGUGCCAAUGAGGGAGCGAAGGCCAAGGCCACCCCUCUCACCAUCCAGGGAGGGCUGGAGGAAGGGUGGCAGAGAGGCAAGAUCCCUGGAAGCUGCUUACUCAGGGCCCUCAUCCAUCCUGACUACCCUCCUUUUGCCUGUCCCCAGGACUAGAGCCCUGGUAGGCUGAGCACAGGCUGGCUCUUGGAGUGUCAGGUGACACAGGCGUAGAGAUCAUGAAUAGCACCAUGAGAGAGCUGUAGGGGAGGCUCUGGCCAGGGUGACCCGCCUCUACCCCUCAGGCUGGAAGCAGAGCAUAGCUGGGGCUGGGUUCUUCUCUGCCUCCCCUCCUCUCCCCAACUGGCCUGGCCACUUUGGCUGUGCUUAGAGAAGCUGGCUUCCUGCCUUCCACUAAGAAAGAAGGUCUGGGAAAGCCAGGGGACAGUUGGGGUCACCACAUUCCCAAUUCUGGCAGACUUGAGAUUCAAGCAUCACUUAAUAAAGACCCCCCUUCCCAAGUCCA